AUGGGCUCGUACGUGUCAUGUGAUAGGUUCCCUUACAAGCCCACGAGCAAGCAGCCUGGUGGAAAUUCCGAUGGUCUCAAAGGCGGUGAUAUAGACCCACGUCUAUUAUUUCAUUAUGGGAUCCCAUCGGGGUGUAACAUGUUGGCUUAUGAUCCCAUUCAAAAAAUACUUGCAGUUUCGUCCAAGGAUGGCAGAAUUAAAUUAUUUGGCAAAGAUAACACUCAAGCUCUGCUUGAGUCUGUCAAUGCAGUACCAAGCAAGUUUUUACAGUUUGUGGAGAACCAAGGCAUACUUGUAAAUGUGAAUUCCAAGAACCAUAUUGAGAUUUGGGAUAUAGAAAAGAACCUGUUAGCUGAUGUGCAUGCUUUUGAAGAAGAUAUUACUUCUUUCACUGUCAUGCAACAUAGUCUCUACAUGUAUGUUGGAAAUUCUGCUGGUAAUGUUAGAGUUUUGAAGCUUGAGCAAGAACAUAUAGUACAAAUGAAGUAUACUAUACCUUAUUCAGCUUCUCAUGGGAAUCCAACUGAAGAAACUGGUGAUACUUCUGUGGUACAUGUACUGCCUCAACCAGCAGCUGAAAGUAAGAGAGUUCUUAUAAUUUUUAUAGAUGGUAUCAUAUCCUUAUGGGAUAUUCGAGAAAGCAAAACCGUAUUCACAGCAGGUGGAAAUGCAUUGCAAUCACUUCAUCAUGAAGGGAAAAAAGUGACUUCUGCAUGCUGGGCAUGCCCCUUUGGGAGUAAAGUUGCUGUUGGGUACAGCAAUGGAGAUAUUUUCAUCUGGAGUGUUUCAACAAGAACUGAAUUACCAUCAGAGCCUAGUACGCAAAGUACUCCGAUCUUUAAACUGAAUGUUGGUUAUAAGUUGGACAAAAUUCCUAUAGCAUCAUUGAGAUGGGUUUAUGCAGAUGGGAAGGCAAGUAGACUAUAUGUUAUGGGGGGGUCUGACACCAUCUCUUCAAACUUGUUGCAGGUAAUCUUGUUGAAUGAACAUACAGAAGGUCGCACUAUUAAAUUAGGGCUUCAGUUGCCCGAGCCUUGUAUCGACAUGGAGAUUGUUUCAAGCUUAAGUGAGCAAAGCAAACAUAAACAAGAUUGCUUUCUUUUGCUUGUAUCUUCUACAAAGCCAAUCAAAGUCUUCACCAUCAUUGCCAAAGGAGGUCAUGGUGAAGAUACCGACUGCCUUCUCCUGGCGAAAAGCAUUCCAUCUCUCUUUUCUUUUGAGACAAAACCAAAAGAUGGAACUCAUUUAAAUGCAGCCCGCUUCACUGGAUUUUUGAAAGUAAAAAAUCUGUACAUAACUGGACACAAUGAUGGAGCCCUGAACUUUUGGGAUUUGUCAUGUCCACUUUUAGUACCAAUACUAUCAUUAAAGCAACAGAGUGAGGAUGAUCUUUCUUUAAGUGGUAUACCAGUCACAGCCUUGUUUUUCAAUGAGAACUCUCGGCUUCUUGUUUCUGGAGAUCAGAGUGGAAUGGUUCGAAUCUUUAGAUUGAAACCUGAACCAUAUGCCAAUGUGAGCAGUUUCUUGUCUCUUCAAGGAAGUACGAAAAAAGGAAACGAUCACAUCAUUCAAAGCGUUAAACUCUUGAAGGUUAAUGGUUCUGUACUUUCUGUGAACAUAAACCACAGCACAGGACAUCUUGCUGUUGGGUCUAGUCAAGGAUAUGUUUCAGUUCUUGAUAUAGAAGGGCCAACUGUAUUAUACCAAAAACAUAUUGCAAGUGAAAUCUCCACCGGCAUCAUCUCUCUGCAUUUCCAAACCUGCAGUUUUCAUGGUUUUGACAAGAAUGUCUUAGCAGUUGCAACAGAGGAUUCAUCUGUUUUGGCUCUUGAUAGUGAUAAUGGAAACACAUUGAGUACUAGUUUGGUUCAUCCCAAAAAACCCACUCGAGCACUUUUCAUGCAGAUCUUGGAUGGGCAGGAUGUUAAAAGAUUAAACUUAUUAAACGGUCUUGACUUGAGCAAUGGGAGCCCUGUUGAGGACGGCGUGCCAAAGCAGUCUUUACUCCUUCUAUGUUCUGAAAAAGCUGCGUACGUAUAUUCUUUCACUCAUGUCAUGCAGGGAGUUAAGAAGGUAAUCUACAAGAAGAAAUUCCAAGCAUCUUGUUGCUGGGCUUCGACAUUCUACACCUCCUCUGAUGUUGGCCUUAUACUCCUUUUCACAAGUGGAAAAGUUGAGAUAAGGUCCUUGCCGGAGUUAUCCUUAAUAAAGGAGACUUCAAUAAGGGGCUUCACAUACUCCACUCCAAAACCAAAUUCAUUUUCUGACAGUUUGAUAUGCUCUUCGUGUGAAGGAGAACUUGUUAUGGUGAAUGGUGAUCAGGAAAUAUUUUUCUUCUCUCUUUCACUCCACAAUAAAAGCUUCAGGCUUUUAGACUCUUUCAACUCGACUUACCAGAAAGAUUUGAUAAUUCCACAAGAAGAUCUCAUUCCUGGACGGACCAUACAAAAGGAAAAGAAAAAGGGUAUAUUCAGCUCUGUCAUUAAAGAUAUUGUGGGAAGCAAAGCGAAGAAUGUCCCUGAGAUUGAAACUGAAGAUACUAAAGAAAGUUUCGAAGAACUUUCUACGAUCUUUUCAACUGCUAACUUUACAGUUGAUGUUGAAAACACAGAUGAGCAGGCCAGGGAUGAAGAUGAGCUAGACCUAGAUGACAUUGACAUCGACAUGGACAUGGACAUUCCUGGAGAAAAACCAAAAGAGCAGAAUAUGUUGGCAGCUCUUAACAAGGAAAAGUUGGCAAGCAAAUUUAUGGCCUUUAAAGGUAAAGUGCUGAAACAAAUGAAGUCCAAGACUGAGAAAAACUCCACCAAAGAAGAGCAACAGGAUGGGAAGGUUGGUCAAGUUGACCAAAUUAAGAGGAGAUAUGGAUUCUCGUCAAAUGAAGCAAAUAUUGCUAAAAUGGCAGAAAGCAAGCUGCAGGAGAACAUGAAAAAGUUGCAGGGAAUCAACCUGAGGACUACAGAGAUGCAAGACACAGCUCAAUCAUUCUCAUCCUUGGCAAAUGAACUGCUGCGAACUGAACAGGAUAGGCGAGGCUCAUGA